CGUCAGCCACCGUCCUGGCGCAUUGAAAAGCAUUGAUAAUGGUCCUUUCCAGAUGGGUGGCAUAUUCCUAGAGGGAAUCAGUAUAUCAGCUUUUGGGCUAAGAAGGAUCAUUUGAAUUAAAGGGUGCUGCUGCCUGGGUUGCCCUCCAUCAGCACCCCCACCUGCAAGAAAGUGCCUCCCUGGGCACAAUAACCCUCCUGCCUCCUCCCCAGAGGCAAUCUGCAGAUCUGACCCCUGACCCCUGACCCAGCCAAAGCAGCCAAACUUAAAAUUUUCAUCUACACGGAUUUAAAAACCAGCAAGGAAAUGCGAGUGCGCUGAGUGGACUCGAGCUGACAUUUGAUGAGAUGUGUCCACGUGGUUUUGUGGCUUUGGGAAAUAGCCACAAGAACGUUUCCAAACAUUUCUUUGACCUCCGCAUAAUACACCCGGCUCCUUGUGAGGAGCGAAGCCCCCGUUCCAUCCUCGGAGCUUCGAGGUACCAUUUCCCAGCGCCCCUCGCGGGACCACUGGGCCCCACCCCGGCCGGGAGCGAGUCCGCGGGUGUCUGGGGCCAAUUGUUCUGGAGAACCACAUUACCCAGAAGCCUCUGCGCCUUGCUUGGUGGCACUCUUAAAAGCGCGCGGAAGGCGACUGGGCGGGACUUCCGGUGUCUUCCCCGCGGCGGACAUUUUGUCCGCUCUCGGUGGGCCGCUCGGGCUAGAGCCUCGGGAUCGCUGGUUCGGCCCGGAGUGACGGAAGCGGGAGGACACGGGAGGAGACUCAGUGCUCGCCGCAGGGAGGCUCGGCGGUGGCAGCGCCCGCGCAGGCUCCGCUGCCCGCGACGGCGGCGCGCGGGUCCCGACCUGGGACUCCUCACGGCCCCGUAUGGUCCUCCAGAUUGUGAUGGCGGCCGCGGUUGGUGGAUCCGGCCUAGGUUUUCUCUGGCUGCACGGUGAAGAAGAUUGGGGUGAGCAAAGAAGACUGUUGAUGGCUGGACUAGAUUGGUGGUUCUGGAGAUUUUUUGUGGUUGCUGAACAUAGCAGGGGAAAGAACUCUGAGUGCCUGAGAGGUCAUGACUCUAGCCAUGGCUGGAGGGACGUGGACAGGCCCUGGUUAUUGGUGCACGGCAAAAGAUGAAGAGGCACCUUCUGAGCAGACCGUUUCUUUAGGAGUCUCCCAUGAUAGCAUUUCCAAGGCAGGUUCAUCAACCCAGAUGGCUCACCCUUGUGACAUUUGUGGCCCCAUCGUGAAAGACCUCUUACACCUGGAUGAACACCAGGAAAUAUGCCAAGGACUGAAACCUUACACCUGCGGGGCAUGUGGGAGACAGUUCUUGUUCAGUGCAAACUUUCAUCAGCAUCAGAAGCAGUACAGUGUAGAGAAACCUGUCAGAAGAGACCGAGGCAAGACCUCAUCUGGGAAGAACUGUAGGGUUUGUGAAGAACCUCACCUGUCGGGAAAGCCCUUUCUGUGUGAGGAGCAGUGGAGCCUCCAGGCCAGUCUGGGCAGUCACCAGCGACAGGCCACCCACAGCAAGAAGAAGAGGAGGACUGGGAGCGGGGAGGCCUCUCACGGCGGACAGAUGCAGUACAGCUGCAGCGAAUGCGGGAAGGCCUUCAACCGCAAAGACACGCUUGUCCAGCACCAGAGAAUCCACACCGGAGAAAGGCCCUACGAGUGCAGCGAAUGCGGGAAGGCCUUCAGCCGCAAAGCCACACUUAUCCAGCACCAGAGAAUCCACACCGGAGAAAGGCCUUACGAAUGCAAAGAAUGUGGGAAAGCCUUUAGCCGCAAAGACAAUCUUACUCAGCACAAAAGAAUUCACACGGGAGAAAUGCCUUACAAGUGUAGCGAAUGUGGAAAAUACUUUAGCCAUCACUCCAACCUCAUCGUACACCAGAGAGUUCACAAUGGAGCGAGGCCUUAUAAGUGUAACAACUGUGGGAAAGUCUUCAGACACAAAUCCACACUUGUUCAGCAUGAGAGCAUCCAUACUGGAGAAAAUCCUUACGUUUGCAGUGAUUGUGGGAAAUCCUUUGGCCACAAGUACACCCUCAUUAAACACCAGAGAAUUCACACUGAGGCAAGACCUUUUGAGUGCAUCGACUGUGGGAAAUUCUUUAGUAGAAGCUCUGACUUUAUUGCACACCAGAGAGUUCACACAGGGGAAAGGCCAUUUGUGUGCAGCAAAUGUGGGAAGGAUUUCAUCAGAACAUCCCACCUUGUUAGGCACCAAAAAGUUCACACUGGAGAAAGGCCAUACGAGUGCAACGAAUGUGGGAAAGCCUAUAGUUUAAGCUCCCACCUCAUUCGGCACCAGAAGGUUCACACUGCAGGACGGCUUUAGGAGUGCUUUCAACACAACAGGACUUGUAUGGAGAGGGGCUUUGUGAUUGCCCUUGGAGAGGAAGACACCAGUCAGAUGUUGAACCUCAUGUAUCUGAACAUUAUUAGCACUGGGGAGGGACCUUAGGGAUGCCAGGUACAGGGACACUUUCAUGGGUUGCGUUGCACUUGCAGACCUGCUCAGGUUCCUUGCCAAAUUUGCCACCCAGUGUCUGUGGCAGAAACCAUCUCAGUUCUACCAGCUUCGUUUCUGUAUGUCCUCAGGGACACCUCCAGUCUCUGGAGGAAAUUAUGAGAAUCCUGAAUUGAAUGGGGUUCCUCAUUCCCUCCCCACUGACUGGUAAAGGUGUGGACCUCACCCAUCUUUAGCCAAGAGGACCUGAGCUGUGUUCUGGAGGCUUACAGAAGAGCUUUACUUUCUUCAUGGACAUUGUUGGCCUCAUGUGGUACAUGUGACACAUUUUUCUCCGAGUCACCCCACCUGGAGAACCACUUGUCUUCUGUUGCUCUGGUCUCUGUGAUAAUAAAGACAUUAUUUAAACCAUC